AUGGAUGGCGAAUACGACAUCUCAAAUCCAAUGAUGGAGGAUAUGUACGCCAACGGCUUCGGCGGCGUCGACGAAUCGCCUUCGUCAUCAACAUCGACUACGACCCAGAAGAACCGGCCUAUCAUAAGCGGCGAACCGCUGGACAUCGAGGCGUACGCUGGGCUUUACACGGGCCGUACCAAGAUCAUGCGGCUCUUGUUUAUCGCCGACCAUUGUGACAAUCCCGGGAUGCAAUUGGAAGCCCUAAGGAUGGCUUACGACGAAAUCAAAAAGGGAGAGAAUACGCAGCUUUUCCGUGAAGUGGUCCAGAAGAUCGACGGUCGAUUGGGUCCCAACUAUUCGAUGGAUGCCACGUGGUGCACUAUGGUUGAUCGAAAAGCUGAGCAGAGGAAAGAAAAGCUCGAAAACGAACUUAAUGCUUAUAGGACGAAUUUGAUUAAAGAAAGUAUACGAAUGGGAUACAAUGAUUUUGGAGAUUUUUACUAUGCUCACGGUGCAUUGGGGGAUUCUUUUAAGAGCUAUGUUCGAACUCGCGAUUAUUGUACCACGUCAAAACAUAUUAUUCAGAUGUGUUUGAGUGCAAUUCUUGUGAGCAUUGAGAUGGGUCAAUUUACUCACGUGACAAGCUAUGUUAGUAAGGCUGAGCAAACACCCGAGGCACUUGACCCCCUCACCGUUUCUAAGCUACGUUGUGCCGCUGGAUUAGCUCAUUUGGAGGCUAAGAAAUACAAGCUUGCUGCUCGUAAGUUUUUGGAAGUGGGUCCAGAAUCGGGAAAUUCAUACAGUGAGGUGAUUGCUCCCCAAGAUGUUGCUACUUAUGGUGGGCUUUGUGCACUUGCAAGCUUUGAUCGAACUGAGCUGAAGAACAAAGUUAUAGACAAUAUCAACUUCCGGAAUUUUUUGGAGUUGGUACCUGAAGUAAGGGAGCUUAUUAAUGAUUUUUAUUCAAGCCAUUAUGCUUCCUGUUUGGAAUAUCUUGGAAACCUCAAAUCAAACCUGAUGCUUGACUUCCAUUUACAUGACCAUGUUGCAACCCUGUAUGAUCAAAUCCGGAGCAAAGCCCUUAUCCAGUAUACCCAUCCAUUUGUGUCUGUUGAUCUGCGAAUGAUGGCUGAUGCCUUUAAAACAAGUGUUGCAGGACUAGAGAAAGAACUUGAAGCCUUGAUUACUGACAACCAGAUACAGGCUCGGAUAGAUUCGCACAACAAAAUUCUUUAUGCCCGACAUGCAGAUCAAAGAAAUGCAACUUUCCAGCGGGUUUUGCAGACUGGUAAUGAAUUUGAUCGGGAUGUUAGGGCAAUGUUGCUGAGAGCAAAUCUUCUCAAGCAUGACUACAAUCUUAGGGCUUCCAGGAAACUCUGAAUUUUGGACUGAAGCAAUGCAUGACCAAGAUGUUCUUGAUAAGGUUCCUUAUAUUUCUGGGCCAGGCUUCCUGAUGUGUUGAAGCAUAUUGUAAGACGUUAAAGGAAGAUUGGCUAUCCAUGGUGGUGGAUUGGAUUUUGAGGAUUCGGGAUACACUGUUUUGUAUAUACUUAAAAUUUCUCUCAUGAGUUUCAAUUAUUUGUUUUUCUUUACAUUUUUUAUAAAAUUUUCUGCUCAUGGUCCCUGUUCUUUUAUUCGAUUUUACUAACACUUCUAUACAAACUGGAUAUGCAAUCUGAUUGAAUCCAGGAUCUUAAGAUUCUCUGAAGGGUUACGUUAUUUGCUAAUAUUUACGUUGCAUUGCAUUCACUGUUGA